GUUCGCAAAAGACUCUCGAUCGAUUUCUCCCUUGCUGUAGUGACAUGCGAAAUAUAAAGUUACUCAACGGACCGUAUGAACUUGAGUGGUUUAUCCCACCGCCCGGUGAACAUGGACUAUGCAUGAAAAUUGACAGCGGACGUGUUGGAAGGAAGCUUAAAAUCCUCCUAAUGCUAAUACUUUUUUCUUACCGUUCUCAAUGGUCAUGAACUUAUGUGCUUUGAGAUCACAGCGAACACAUCAGGAGAUUUGCUUUGAAUGCCGAUGGUAAUAUUCUUCAUGAUAGUGUUAUCUUAUACUGAAAUGCAAUUUGGUUACAACAGACAAGUUAGGACUUUGUCUUCAAUAGAAACAGUAGGAUUGGUAAUAUAACGACAGCGGACUAUAAUUUCCCAAAUGAUCUGUUCCUGAUAAUUUGCACCUACCGUUCCCAACGAUCUACCCAUGAAUGUGCUGUGAUUAUUUAUGGAUCGUGAAGUAAAAUUGCUGAGGGAUUAUUUUCGUUUGCUAGAGAGGAGUAUGGUGAAAUAUUGAUAGCCGCCAGCAGAUGAAUCAACGAAGGUGCCCAAGCUCAUACCACAUUAUCAUCAUCGGUUGGUAAAAUCGGCGUAUUAUAGGCAGGACAAAUUUUCGGGGAUUGAGAAAAUAUGGACUCAUUAAAAACAAUUAAAUACUGUGAAAUUCUAGACUCUAUCUGGAAUACCUUGUGAUUUACAAUCAAACAUCGAAUUGAGACGAGCUAGGAGCUGAUAGAUUGCAACGUCUUAUUUCAAUUUCAACCUAUCAUUGUCCUCUUAAAACUAUAGUAUAAGCCCAUUGCUCAUCUAAAACAAAAUGGCGGCGUUAAGUGAGCAUAAUCUAGAACAGUUCAACCAGCAACAACCCACCGGCAGACGCCGAACCUCGAUCAUGUCUCGCCGAACAUCCAUUGUGAGUAGUCACUCGACCUCCAAAGAUGGCGACACGAUGGGACCACCUGGUCAUCCAGGCAAAUGGCGACGUAUGUCGAGAGCGUACUCGAUCUCGAUGGGCAGUCAUCGAGGUGCUCAUGCCUUGCGAUCCGCCGCCGAGUCGCAGCAGUCGAAACCUGCGCCGAAGUUCGAGAACACGUACAAGAUGAAGCCCGAUGAAGAAGCGGUCUUCAAACCGAGCGCUGUACGAUCCAUCUUGGAAAACGUCCUUGAGCGGUACCUAUCAACCGCGCAAUACGCUCCUAAAACCGUCUCCAUAUUCACACAGAACAUCGUGGACGAGGUGAAGAGGCGAGUAAAGGACUUGAAGAUGCCGAGGUACAAGAUAGUCUGCCAGGUUUACAUCGGGUCCAAGAACGGACAGAGCAUGCAGAUGGUGAGCCGAGCAGUCUGGAACACAGAUACGGACAACUUCGCUACUGCUAGCUUUCAGAACCAGUCGCUCUAUGCCAUAGCUUCGGUACACGCAACGUAUUUCGAGUAACCAUUGAACAACUCAUUCACCAAUUUAAGUGUACAUAUUUAGUGGGGGUAGCUUCGGGGCGGGGGGUAACGGGGCGCAUGCCCCCAAUCGAGUCGCGAAAAUGGAAAGAAAAUAUGAGAAAGGAGAGAAAGGAAACGUGAGACGAUAUACAACCUGCUGUGAUCAGAACACCCACUUACCAAUGGCCUUGUAUUUCAUCAAUUAAGUAACCCGGUGCCCCCUUUCUUUCUGGACCCUUGCUACGCCACUGUAAAUCGUCACGAGAUAUUUGUAAAGCAAGAAUAUUGUGACUUUGCUUCUUUGUGAGGAUUCCUUCAAAAUUAUCAGCUUGUGAGACAAAUUUGGACAAGGCAUAAAGGACUUGCCAAGCAGGAAAAUUAGGAUGGAAGAACUGUACAAUAGAGACCGGCUGACCGGCGGAUUGUGCCAUCAUGUUUUAUGACAAUUCCGGAUGACAAUUGCACGAGGUUUGCACGAUACGGCAUGCAAAGUGCACUGCAUCAAUAAAGAUACAUGUACUUUUUAAUCAUUCAUUCAAUGAAAUACAAAAUAUUCCUGUUUAGAGCAGAGCCAUUUAUACACAGAGUUUGGCCAACUUGGUUUCACUGGGUCACAUCAUGGCGUAACUAUAUUCUUUUGUUUUGUGCUUGCCCAAACAAAGCAGUAGUCGCCAUAUUGUCUCGAACUCAACCGGGUUGGCCAAACUAUGUGUAUAGAUGGCUUUGGUUUACAUAAUAUGAAUUUGUACAUGACAGUAUGUGCCUUUCAAAGCAUCCCCUUUUGAUUGUGCUACUUUAAUGGGAGAUCCAACCUUGAUAGCAAAUUAUUCUAAAGGAAAGCAGAGAAAGUAGCAAAGUAGACUGGUGAAAGUUUUAAUGAAAUCGGACAAAAAACGAGAAAAUUAUGAUUUCUUUUUAAAGUUGUAAUAGGUAUGGGCUCUUCAAACGUGCUGAAUCGGUAAUGUCUCUGUGAUGUAGGGGCGGAAUAUUUUCUCAUUAGUUUUGUUCCAACACACAAAAUACCUAAAAUUUCAAUUUUUCAAAAAAUGUAUGAAUCUUUUCUCUUUAGUAUAUCUAAAAUAACAUGCUGUACAUAAUAUAUUUUGAGUAUUACGUGCCCCAAGGGAGAAGGCAUUUAUGAGAAAAACCAUACAUUUAUUUUAUUUAUGUACACAACAAGCGGGAGAUUUAUUCGCGACUAUUGUGUUACAAUUUACUGACCAAGCUGCCAAUUUGAGAUUCGCAUAGACUUAGUGAUCUCAUAUUUCAAACAUUCAUAAGUUUUAAUAUUAUUUGUCCAAUUUAUUUCAAACUUUCACCAAUCUAUUACUCAUGUUUUUCUGCUUUCAUGCACAUGAAUUUAUUCAAAGGGUUUGAUUACCAUUUAAUGUAAUUUGAACGUGAAAAGCAUUUGAUCGAAACUGAGGAACUAUUAUAUUGUGUAAUUUGGGGUUUGAUUUUUAACUUGAGAUUACAAGGGAGCCUGAUACAAGAAAGAUGAAACUGUGAUGAUUUUGCCUGGUGUGAUAUACAUAUUUUUGUGAUGAAAGAUUUAUUUUGAUGUUCAAUUUACAAUACAAUACAAAACAAAGUCAUUUCUAUAGCGCUCUUACAAAUUUGUUCGUGAUAAAUGAUUCGGACCAAAUUAUAGGAUUUGGACAAGAACUAAUACAAUUGAAAAGAAGAUAAGAAGAUAAUAUAUUAGAAAGACGAUUCUCCAUCAUACUUUUAACCCCAAUUAAAGAUUUCAGACAAAUUCCAGCGACAAUAAAUUCUAAGGCUCUCAUUGACCCCAACACUGUGUUCAAAAUUGGUCUAAAGUCGAGUUUAAAAAAAAAAGGAAUAGAAAGAGGUCUAUAAGUUUUCUUUUUCAAUCAAGAAGUUAUAAAUGUUGACCCUUUAUGACCUGGUAUGAGUUUUAAGUGAACCACAAGGUACGGGGUUCGAAUCUCUGCCACAGCCCUAAUAAUGUCCUUUGUCUCGACAUCGAUCUACAUUUGCCACACUCGACCCAGGUGUACUAAGUAAAUAUAUUAUAGGGUUUAUUCCUUGAAUGCACUGGGCGCUGGUAUUAAUAUGCAAAGUCAUCCAUGUCAAAUUAUUUCUUUAUAAAAUACCUCCCAGUUUAGGAGUUCUUAAUUAUAUUACUUUGUUUGUUAUGGAAUUGUGAUAUUUUUUUUUUCAUAAAGAAGUUUGAACUUGGCGCUUCAUUAUCAGCGACCUCUAGAACUUGAUGGCCAUUGUGGUUAUAAUUAUAGGCCUAUAGACCAUUAAUUUUAUUGUACGUCCAGUACACUACCAGAAUUAUCAGAUUGUGUUGAUAUUGCAUCAAUUAAGUGAUGAGCAUUUUCUAUCUGAAAUAUAUAAUGGAGAGCCUUUAUUAAAUCGUUAAAUCUAUACGUUAUAAUUGUCUGUACAUGCCACCGGGACGACAGCUGUGAAAAAAUUGUUCAGAGAUAUUUUAUUCUGUAUUGUAUAGUAAUCCAUGUAAUGGUAAUGUAUCGAACAUUUCGAUUGCUUGAUGAUCUGAACAGGCAGUGUUGAAUUUUGUGUGGUUUUAUUUGAAAUUUGAUGCUUGCACCGUUAAUCUUUUGCUAACUGUUAUAUUAUGAAAUGUGUUUCUUCGGCUUCAGUGUUCAUAUAAUUAUAAUAAAUAUACAUGUAUAUAAUAUUAUUUCAACGAAACCCUGAA